AUUGAAUCAGAUCUUGAUUAGAUCUGUUGAAUUGUAAAGAACAGAUCUCGUUGUGAAUGUGUGUUCGCUUUCAUCUCCAACAUCAUUCAUAAGACGUUCAUUAUAACAAACUAGAAUGUGAAAUCAUGUAUUAUUCAUUGGAUUAUAUAUACAUAUAUAAUAAUAUCUAUUGAAUUGUUUAAUUAGUCAAUUAUGAAAAAAGAUAAAAAGAACCAGGUAAUCAAAGUACAAAAUACUGAUUGCAGCAUGGUGACUAUCAAUAUACCUCCUGAAUUAAGAAAAAUUGAGCAAAUUUUAUUCGCUUCAGUAAAACAAAAUCGUUUUGAUUUAGUUAGUCGAAUAAUAGACGGUCAUAAAUGUGAUAUUAAUGUAAGAGAUAGUUUUGAUCGAACACCAUUACAUUUGGCUGCAUCAUCUGGAAAUUUACCAAUGGUGAAAUUAUUAAUAGAAGGUAGAGCAUUAGUUGAUCCAGUGGAUAAAUUUGGUAUUACACCAUUAUUUUGGGCUGUUUAUAACAAUUAUAAAAAUGUAGCUCAUUAUCUACUCAAUAUGGGGGCUAAACAUAAUCGAGUUACUAAGCAAGGUUUUACAAUUUUGCAUUUCAUUUCUGAAUCGAAUGCUAUUUCAAUAUUAAAAUAUUUACAUCGUAAAUCAUUAACAUUAGAAUAUGAUGUUGCAGAUAAUAAUGGAAUGACUCCAUUUUUAAUAGCUGCUUCCAAAGGAAAUGAAUUAUUAAUGGAGAUUUUGGUUAAACGAAACUGUAAUGUGAAUGCAACAGAUCUGUAUGGUCGAAAUGCAUUACACUUUGUCUCAAAAAAUGGUCAUAUCGAUGCAUUAUACUACUUAUUGUCGGUGGAACUACUUAAAACAAAAAUUGACGAACGAGAUUACUCAGGGUGUAGUCCAUUACAUUUGGCCUGUGAAAACAAUCAACAACAUUGUGUUCGACUACUUCUAGAAACUGGUGCCAAUCCGGACAUUGAAACAGAGACUCGUGAUUGUCCUUUGAUCGAAUGUUCUCGGAGAGGAUUUCACAAGUGUAUUGAUUUGCUUAUUGAAAAUAAAGCAAGUCGUGAGAAAACAAGCAAAGUUGGUGAUACAGCUUUACAUGUUGCAGCAUUAUCUAAUCUUUCAGAUACUAUCUAUUUUUUAUUCUCAAGAAAAUUUGAUCUUUGCGCUGUCAAAGAGGAUAAACAAACUCCAUUGCAUCUUGCAGUUUCACAAAAUAGACUUGAAGCAGUUGAAGCUUUAUUGUUUUGUGGUGCUCCAUUAGAUCUGAGGGAUAAAGAUGAUCAAACUCCUUUGAUGAUUGCUGCCAAAUCAAAUUACACUGCAUUAGUUGAUAUGAUAAUACGUGCUGAUCGAUGGAAUAAAACUUAUCCGGUGAAUGCUCAAAAAUUGAUUGAUGAAAUUUUACAAACACAACAAACCAAAUAUGUAACCACAAGAAUAUUAGACAAAAAACAAAAGAACACACAAGAAAUAUUAUCGAAUGAUCGAAAACACUUAUUCAAUGAUAAUACUGGUAACCAUAAUAACAAUAAGAAUAAUGAUAGUACUGAAGAUUCAGAAAGUAGUCGAACAUAUGUUGGACAACAUCACGAUUACCAUCAUCAUCAUCCUACUACUGAUAAUGAUCAGAACUCAAUCAUUCCAAAUGAUAAUGAUCCUAAUGAUGUGAUGAUGAUAGAAUUUAUUGAUCCAUUUAAACAAUUACAAUUAGAAGAGAACAAUAAACAAAUUAAUGAAAUACAAUUAAUAGUAGAUCAUCGUUCAACGACUACAGCAAGUUCUGAAUCAGGUAGUGAAUUAUCAUUAGGUUAUGAAGCAAGUCGUGCAUGGAAUAGAUCAGAUCAACGACAAUAUCAAUCUAAUCAUGAUCUAUUGAAUAAUUCAUUUAGUCUAUCACAAAUUAGUUUGAGUCGUGAUUUAACUGAACCAAAUUUUAAUCAAGAACAUUAUGAUAAUGAUGUAGAUGAUGUGCAUGAUGACGAUGAUCAUCAUCAUCAUCAUCAUCGAAAACAUGGAAGUCUUAAUAAUUUAUCAUGUCAAGUUCAAGGUGAUGAGAUUUAUUUACCAAAUGGUGAGACAAUAUUUCGUAUUACGGAUACAUUGUUAGCACAAUCCAGUAAGAAUAUGCGUUUAUUGAAUGGAUAUGGUUUGAAUUUAACACAUCCAUUUACAUUUAGAGCACCAUGUCAAAAUUAUGCUGAUGAUAUGAAUGUUCUAUUCUAUGAAUAUUCACAUCGAUAUGCAAAAACAUCGGAUUGGAAAAAUUUGGCAAAAUUUUGGGGAUUCACAUCAGAUGAUAUAACUGCUAUUGAAUAUCAAGAUAUUGGUAAAAAUUCUUAUAAAGAACAUACAUAUCGAUUAUUGAAUAUAUGGUUACAUGGUAUUAGUGAUAAUCAAUCACCAUUGAAUGAAUUCUAUUUAGCCUUAACUACAAUUGGACGUAAACGAAUUGUGGAACAAUUACAUCGACGUAUUAAAACAUUAAAUAAACUGAAUAAUAAACAUAAAUGUAAACUAUAUUAAGAAAUAGAUACACAUACGGAUAUACUAGCACCUAACCAACCAAUCACCCACCCACCCACACACACACAGAGACAUACAUGUACAUCAUGUGUAAAAUGUCAUUUUAUUGUCUUUAUUUCUUUUUGGAUUACACUUCUCAAUUAUGUUAUUUGUAACCUUCUUUGUAUAUCCUUCUUUAUUAUGUAAUCAGAGUAUCUAAGCACACACACACAGAGAGAGAGAGGGAAAUACCCCUCUUUAUUAUGUAAUCAGAGUUUUUCUAAACACGCGCACACACGCACGCACGUACAUAAUGAGAAAUAUUCAUUCAUCAUAAGUAUAAUGGUUUCAAUAAAUGCUCCAGGGUAAUCAUCUUCCCAUCACAUUAUCUAAUUCUGUUAUUUAUAAUAAUAUUAGGUGUUCUCUAUUUACAAUGAUUUUAAAAGCUGUUCUUUGUAGUUCAUGCCCAACUCUCCUCCUUUAUCCGGGCUUGGGACCGGCAGUAGCUCCCGGAGGAACUCCAGGCGGAGUUUGUAGUUCAUGUGUAUUUUAAGUAUUUACUUACUUACGCCUGUUACCCCUCAUGAAGGGGCACAGGCCGUACACUAUGAUUCUCCAUCCAACUCUGUACUGGACAAUCCUUUCUAUUCAUCAUUCUGAUGUUUACUUACAAUUCUUGACGUAGUAUAUUUUUCAGCUUUCCUCUUUUUCGUUUCCCUUCAAGAUCCCAAGUAAACGCUUGUUUCGUAAUACAGUUUGAUGAUUUCCAUAAUGUAUAUCCUAUUCAAAUCCAACGUAUUUCCUUAAUUUCUUUUUUUAUCUGAAAGCUGGAUUUUGUUCUCUCCCACAAUAGACUGUUACUGAUUGUAUCCAACCAAAAGAUUUCUUGUGUAUCCGAGAGAUAGAAAAAAAGACUUCAGUUUAGGUUUUCGUUUUAUUCUUUUCUUUUUCAUGUUGAUUUCUGUCAAUUAUGCAAUUACUCUUUUGUACACCCCUAUACUCAUAUUGUUCUGUCAGAAUGGGUAUAGGGGGUCAGGUGAAGUAAUAUUCAUAUUAGAAGGAUAAUUGAAAUAUUGAUCAAUAUUAUUAUUAUUAUUACUAAUUAUCCUAUAUAUUACAAAUAUAUAAACACAUAUUCAGUCAUAGAUACUCACUGAGUUCACCUCUGACGCUUCUCGUUGCUAAUUUUUCCUUCCUUGUCGAGCAUUUUCCUUUCUGUUUGAUUUAUGCUUAUCUAUUUUCAAUACCACCCCCCCAUCGUACGUUUUUUGACACAUUCCUUUAUUUAUUUUUUGUACAGAAUGGAAAAAAAAGGGAAAAUUCUAAAUUGUAAACAAUAAAUUUGAUGAGAGAAAAAAAUGUAGAGAAAAAU